AGAGAGCCGCGCAGGCAGCAGGACGUGCCACUCCACCGAGUGCCGAAGAAACGAAAAACGGGCGUUUAUCGGAUCGCGUUCGGAUUCGAGGGCGCGCACACACCGGGGACGACAAAGUCGACGCAGGAUUCGCUCCUCGUCGCAAUUAAAUCGAAUUGAAUACGAUGCGGUCGCGCCGCCGGAAGUGCGCGUAGCGUGCGGCUCGCGUUCCUCCAUCGGCGGGGUUUCAAACCACCCUAAGUCGUUGUUCUCGUUGCGAUGAUCAUCUCAAAGGAUCUUUUCCUGCUGGGGGACCAGGACUAUUUGCGCCUCCCGAACAACAAGGACGAGAAGAGGCCUGCGAUGUUAAGACCCGUCAUAAAGACGCAGAGGGUUGAUACAGCAACGGUCCACUUUCCUUGCCUCCUAACCGAUUCAAGACCGCUUCCGGUUCAUUUAGCCUUUCGAGGGUUAACGGUGAGCGUUGGAAAUCGAAGAAUACUGCAAGAUGUCGAUGGUUUGGUGCGCCCCGGUGAAGUUCUCGCCGUGAUGGGUCCCUCUGGAUGUGGAAAAACAACCCUUUUAAACUGUCUCAGCGGAAGAUUGCGUCUGGAUAACGGGCAAAUUUUUCUCAAUCGAGAUUUAUUGUGUAAACGGUGGAAAAGAAAAAUCUGUUACGUUCUACAACAGGAUAUUUUUUUCCCCGACUUGACUCUUCGUCAAACUUUGGAGUACACGGCGAGAUUGCGUCUACCUGACACCAUGAGUCACUCGCAAAAAAUGCAAUACGUCGACCACAUUAUAGACGUUUUAGAACUUGGACAUUGUCAAGAUACAAUUAUUGGGGAUUGCUUAAAACGGGGUUUAAGCGGUGGUGAAAAGAAACGGGCCAACAUCGCUUGCGAAUUAUUAACGAACCCAUCAUUAAUGUUAUUAGACGAACCAACUUCCGGUCUUGAUUCUUACGCAGCUUAUAGUUUAAUCUCAACGUUAAAAAAGUACGCUGUGGCUGAAGGAAAAACUGUAGUUGUUACUUUACAUCAACCUUCCUCCCAAACGUUUCAUUUAUGUGAUAAACUCCUUUUACUUUGUAACGGACAAACGGCUUAUUUCGGGGAUGUUUCUAAAGUUGUAGAUUUCUUUGGUGGUAUUGGAUUACACAUAAAACCUCAUUAUAACCCUGCUGAUUUUAUACUCGAACAAAUCAAAGGUAGCCCAGAUCUCCAACAAAAAAUCAUUUUGGCCGCGAAAGAUCAUCGAAACAGCAAAGAAUUCUCCUCGGACAUCCUCCACGAUUUUUAUCUCCCAGAAAAACUUCAAGACACUUCAAGAGAUAGUACUCACGGUCCUUACCCUCACUUAGACCAAGAUAACCUCAAUACGGACCCAGAUAACAGAAGAUUAUGGUUAGAUACUCACUCCCAUGCUUCAUCUUCGGUUAGUUCUGAGACGACGGAAAGUGAUUGUUAUUUCUCGUGGCCGACAUGUUUUUGGACUCAAUUUAAAGUGUUAUCCCAUAGAAAUUUCCAAGAAGCAAGACCGAGAAUGUUAUCGAAAUUAAAUUGGGUUCAAACAAUCGGAUUGGGAAUAAUGGCCGGAUUGUUAUGGUUCCAAUUAGAACGACGAGAAGAAUCGCUUCACGAUAUCCAAGGAUACAUGUUUUUCUCAACGACAUAUUGGAUGUUAUUCGCGCAUUUCGGAGCGUUAAGUUCAUUCCCGCCCGAAAGGGAGGUGAUAAAUAAAGAACGGCAAAGCGGGGCUUACAGAUUAUCGGCUUAUUAUCUAGCGAAAAUGGUAGGAGAAUUGCCACUAACAAUGACUCUACCAGCGGUUUACCAUUUAAUUUCAUACGCGAUGUUAGGCUUUCACUCCGUUUUAACGUAUUUGGGACAAUUAACUUUUUUAUUAUUGAACACUUUGGUAGCGCAGAGUGUUGGAUUUUUUAUUGGAGCAGCUUGUAUGGAUAUGCAACUCAGUAUAACAAUAAGCGCGUUAUAUACUUUGGCAACGCAAUUAUUUGGAGGAUAUUUCGCCACGAAUGUUCCGCCUUGGUUAACGUGGAUGAGGUAUACAUCCAUGGUACAUUAUGCUUAUCAAAAUAUGCAGAUUAUUGAAUUUAGCGAAGAAACGGGAAGUAUAACGUGUGCACAACAAUCAAAAUUUGAAAUCUGUAACAAAAAUUCACAAAGUUUCAUCCCCGUCGGGGACAUUUUGGAGGCUCAGGGAUCGCAUCUUCCAUUUUGGGCGAACAGCUUGGUUUUAUUAGCCUUUCUAAUCAUAUUUAGGCUACUGGGUUACGUCGUGCUACGAUAUUUCAGGAGUCCUAAGUGACACGAAAGCAAGAAUGGCAGGCAGUAUAUUGUGAUAACAUUAAGAAAAACUGUCAAAAAGAAGAUGUUCCUUGAUCCACGCUUUUGGUCCUCAACAGAAAAAAAUUAAUAUUAAAAUUUUUGAGAAAACAUACCGCAGGCUGUGUUAGUGUUAAUUUACUCGUUAUCGUUAUUAAUUACUACUAUUAUUAUUAAUAUAAUAAUUCCAUUCCAUUGUGCUGGUUCUACAGCAGAAGCCUUCCCACCAGUGCCUUGGUAACCGACACGUGCCAAGUUUUCGUCAACCAGCUAAGAAUAAAGCUGCCAUUUUCUUCAUCUUUACCCAAAUAUAUUUUUUUUUAUUAUUUUUCGUUCGUUCUGUGAUUUUUAUUUUGGUUAUUAUUCUGAUUUCGUGCGAUUUGACUCCCCUUAUUAUUAUUUUGUACUUUUCCUUUUAUUAUUUUUUAUUUAACCGCUCGUGUACAUAUUACGUUCA